UCUAGUGGUUUUAAAGUUGUUUAUAAAUAACCAAAAGCGGUGUCUGUCUUUUUAUAUUCUCGGAACUACUGGUUGUAACUCCUGAAAUAAUGUAGCAGAAACCAGAGAACAGGAAUUAUGAAUUAUGCUGUUUGGAAAGAAAUAACCUUUAUGGUCUCUUUUGCUCCACUCUAGUUCAUUUAGAUAGAUGGCAUCCUAUUUUCUUCAGGUCUUGGUACUGUUAUUUGAAAUCCCAGUUUAAAAAGUUUAAUGUACUGUAGAUACUUUUUUUUUUUUUUCUUUUAACACUAUUUUACAAUAAUAUUCUGUAUCAUCUCUAGUUGUAAGUAAUAUAUUUGACCAUAAGGGAGUGUGCAGAUUGUACUGCAGUGGGACAACAGUUGAUAGUUAGGAAAUGCUGUACAAUGUGUCCUGAAAUCAGCCUUAUCUCAGGAACCAUUUGGCCAAGUCCAACUCAUCAGGUAUUCCGACUCCUGGCUUCUUUGCAUUGUCGCCUGUUUGGAUUUUAUCUUCCUAUUUUAAAUUCAAAUUGAGUAUUUGUUUUUCAGAGUCUCUCACAUUCUUGUUUUGGGAUUAUCACAUGCUGAACUGCUUUCUGCAUGUUCAUGCAGCUUUUUGCCAAAUCUAAUAACAAGUCAGCGUUAUUACAUGUGUUUGAUAUCGUGUUUCAUCCCGUGGUUAAGAUACAUACUUGAGGUAUUCACUCCCUAUGACAGACUUGAGUAAAGUAUGGUGUUUAUUGUGUUAUCUGGCAUGAGGAUAUUGGCAGCUGCUGUGUACCAACAGAUCACCUAUGGAACCAUGCAGAGGGUGAGGGAGGACACAGGAGGUGUCUUUGCUAAUGAUUGGCUGUGAUGCUAAUUGCACAGAGAAAUAAAGCUGCCUGGAAAGCUUUCUGCCCCAGUCCUGUAAUUAACACUAGUGGCAUGGCAAGGACAGCACCAUAGAUAGAGAUGGUAUAAGGCAUCAGCUAAGUACAGGGAGCACUUGCAGAGCGUUAGCCCAGGCAGCCAGCUGAGAACACACACACACAGAACUGGGAUCCCAGCCUGACAUUCACUAGACACUCACUUGGCUUUCACUGGACAUCCAUGUAUGGCAGAGUGUUCCCCCUGAACCCUGCACAGGAAUCUGGAAUUCUGCUAUUCACAAGCAAAAAUAUGGGCUUGCGUGAUGUUAAUAGAAUUUUGUGUGUGAUGAUAUGCGCAUUGUUUGCUACGCUUGGGCACACAGGUACAUGUCCUGAAGAUGAUCCUCAGCUCCAGCCCUGGAGCCCUGGCCACAAUGAAGACAAUUACGUGACCAUCAAUGGAACCACAAAGCUUCUUCUCACUUCAUCUGCCACUGUGCACUCCGUGCAUAUCACUGGAGGAGGGAAACUUGUCAUUAAAGCCACUGAUAACCCUAUAAUCCUGCACACAAGAUCUAUACUGGUGGAGCAUGGAGGGGAGCUGCACAUAGGGAGUGAGGACUGUCCUUUCCAAGGUCAUUUUACCAUCGUCCUUUAUGGAAGGUCAGAUGAUGUUGAGCCACCUCAUGAUUAUUUUGGCCAAAAAUUCAUUGGAGCCGGAGUAGGAGGAACUCUUGAAAUUCAUGGGGAGAAAAAGCUAUCCUGGACAUUUCUGAACAAGACUCUGCAUCCUGGGGGAAUGAGCGAAGGAGGAUAUUACUUUGAGAAGAGUUGGGGUCACCGUGGAAUAAUUAUUCAUACAAUUAGCCCAAAGACAGGGGAAGUGAUUCAUUCUGACAGGUUUGACACAUACAAAUCCCGAGAUGAGAGUAUCCGCUUGACUCACUAUCUCAAAUCCAUCUCAGAUGGGACUAUCCUGUCCAUUGCUGUGAAUGAUGAGGGCUCCCGGCACUUGGAUGACUUAACAAGGAAAGCCAUAACAAGACUGGGCAGCCAGCAUUUUCUGCAUCUUGGAUUCCGGCACCCUUGGUGUUUUAUUACUGUUAAAGGAGACCCAUCAAGUGCUGUGGAAGACCAUGUUGAAUACCAAGGAAGCAGGGGCUCUGCAGUGGCCACAGCACACAAACUAUUUCGAGCCGAAAAUGGUGAAGCCUUUAACGUGUCUUUAACCAGUGAGUGGAUUCAGGAUGUGGAAUGGACAGAGUGGUUUGACAAGUAUGACAACACAAUGUACCGUGACUGGGAGAAACUUUCUGAAUUGAGGGCUGUUUAUCCUGGGAAGAUCUGCACACACCCUGUUGACAUCCAGGUAAAUGCCAUUGAUGGCACCAGUAUUCCAGUACAAGUGGUCUAUAAAGGUGGACAUGAUUAUAGGUUUGAGUGUCAGAAGAAUGACCAGAUCAGUUUACAGUGCCCAAACUACAAAGUCCGGUUCCUUUGUGGAAAACCUGCGAGACCCCGGCUGAUAGUGUCGAUAGAUACCAAUGUGAAUAGCACCAUCCUGCAUUUGGCAGACAACGCUCGCUCUUGGAAAGCAGGAGAUGUCAUUGUUGUGGCCAGUACUGAUUACUCCAUGCACCAGACUGAAGAAUUCACUUUGAUGCCCUGCAGAGCCUGCUCUCCUAAUCAGGUCAAAGUGGAAGGUAAAGCCAAGUACCUUCACAUCGGUGAGCAUAUGGAUGGUGUUGAUAUGAGGGCAGAAGUGGGACUUCUCAGCAGGAACAUAGUGAUUUAUGGAAAAAUGGAGCAGACCUGUUAUAACUCUUCUGUAUGCAAAUACUUCAACUUUGACACAUUUGGAGGCCAUCUCAAGGUUAGACGUGGUUUCAAGGCUGUACAUCUUGAAGGAAUGGAGGUCAGACACAUGGGACAGCAGACGAUGGGACACUACCCUAUCCACUUCCACACCGCCGGCAAUGUGGAUGAAAAAGGAGGCUAUUUCCCACCCACCUACGUGAAAGAUAUCUCAAUCCAUCACACUUUUUCUCGCUGCAUCACUGUUCAUGGCUCUAAUGGCUUACUGGUCAAAGACAUUGUGGGUUAUGACAGCCUGGGGCACUGCUUCUUCACAGAGGAUGGACCUGAGGAACGUAACACCUUUGACCAUUGUUUAGGUCUUCUUACCAAACCUGCAACUCUCCUACCAUCAGACAGAGAUAAUACAAUGUGCAAAAACAUCUUGGAUGGUUCAUACCCAGGAUAUGUAGCCAGACCCAGGCAGGACUGCAAUGCUGUCUCCACCUUCUGGAUGGCGAACCCCAACAACAACCUUAUCAACUGCUCAGCUGCAGGGUCUGAAGAAACUGGAUUCUGGUUUGUUUUCCAUCAUGUGCCUACUGGACCAUCUGAAGGAUUGUACCCUCCGGGGCACUCAGAACACACCCCACUAGGAAAAUUCCUUAACAACAGAGCUCAUUCCAACUACAGGGCUGGAAUGAUCAUUGACAAUGGAGUUAAGACUACUGAAGCCAAUGACAAAGAUAAAAGACCAAUUCUCACACUGGUUGGAGCAAGGUAUGGGCCACAUCAGGAUGCUGAUCCUCUCAAGCCACGAGUACCUGCAAGAAUCCAGCAUUUUAUUGCUUACAAGAACCAAGACCAUGGAGCCUGGCUGCGGGGAGGCGAUGUUUGGCUGGAUAACUGCCAAUUUUCGGAUAAUGGCAUUGGAUUAACACUUGCCAGUGGGGGAACAUUCCCAGAUGAUGAUGGAUCCAAGCAACAAAUUAAAAACAGUAUAUUUGUUGGUGAGAGUAACAAUGUGGGGACAGAAAUGGCAGACAACUCAGUUUGGGGACCAGGGGGCAUUGACCACAGCGGAAGAACUCUCCCAAGGGGCCAAAACUUCCCAAUCCGUGGAAUUCAGAUCUAUGAUGGGCCAAUUAACAUUGAGAACUGCACCUUCCGAAAAUUCGUAUCUCUGGAAGGACGUCACACCAGCGCAAUUGGAUUCCGAUUCAACAAUUCCUGGCAAAGCUGCCCCAAGAAUAAUAUGACUAAUAUUAUAUUUCAGGAUGUGCCUAUUUCAUCCAGAGUUUUCUUUGGGGAACCUGGCCCGUGGUUUUAUAAGAUGAACAUGGAUGGGGACAAGACAACAGUUUUACAUGAUUUGGAUGGUUCGGUAUCAGAAUAUCCUGGGGCGUACCUGGUGAAGGAGGAUAAUUGGUUGUUGAGACACCCUGACUGCCUUAAUGUGCCUGAUUGGAAGGGAGCCAUCUGCAGUGGAAACUAUGCACAAGUCUACAUCCAGGCCCGAAGACCAGCUGACCUAGAAAUGAAGAUUAUUAAAGAUGAGUAUCCAGAUCAUCCAAUGCAUCUGGAGGGAGCUUUGGCUAAAACCCAUCAUUAUCAGCAAUACCAGCCUGUGAUUACUCUCCAGAAAGGCUACACAGUGCACUGGGAUAAAACUGCCCCAGAGGAGCUCACAAUCUGGCUUAUCAAUUUCCAGAGGCAAAACUGGAUUCAAAUAGGAUUUUGUUAUCCUAAAGGGACAACAUUUUCCAUCCUCUCAGACAUCCACAAUCGUCUCACAAAGCAAACCUACAAAACAGCAACCUUUGUACGAACCUUCCAGAUGGAUAAAAUCUACCAGGCCCACCCCGGCAGGGGUUAUUAUUACUGGGAUGAAGAGUCAGGGCUUCUGUUCAUUACUCUGAAGGCACAAAAUGAAAAGGAGAAAUUUGCCUACUGCUCUGUGAAAGGCUGCGAGAGGAUAAAGAUCAAAGCUUUAAUCCCAAAGGGUGCAGGCGUCAGUGAUUGCCAAGCAUUGGCCUAUCCAAAAUAUGCUCAGACUCCAGUGGUGGAUGUGCCAAUGCCAAGGAAGCUGAACCCAAGCCAUCUGUCAUCCUCUAGUGAUCACUUUCUGGAGGUAAAAGUUGAGACUUACAACACCAGAUACUUCCAUUUGAACGAUGACUUUGCCUACGUUGAGGUGGACGGUGCAAAGUUUUUUAUGCAGGAUGAUGGGAUUGAAGUUGUUGUAAUUGAUGGUUACAGUGGGAAAGUUGUGGACAGUACAAGCUUCAGAACCUCCAUUCUGCAAGGAAUUCCAGCACAAUUCAAUAACUACGUCACAAAUAUCAAGGACGACUCGGUGGUGGUCAUUGUCUCCAAGGGAAGGCUGUAUCCCAAAGGCCCAUGGGUGAAGGUUCUGGGCAGACUUGGGAUUGAGGCAGAUAUAAAGCUGAAAGAGAAAAUGGCCUUUGUAGGCUAUAAGGGACACUUUCGUCCUGUUUGGAUCAAGCUGGUUACCAACAAUGAAGCAGCAAAAAUCCUUCAAGCCAUUCCAUUCCCUGUGAAAAAGAAAAUGAAAUUAUAAAGCUGAGGCCUUACCUUUAUCAUCACUGCCAGAACAGCGAGGAGCACAUUUAGGCAGAAUGUACAACUGCAACUCUCAAGGACUGCAUUUGGAAUGUGCUUUCUUUAUACAGGUGGUGCCAGGCCAUGCCAUGCUUGUCCCCAUGUAGACAGAAACCUGUCCUUAGCACUUAGAUAAGGUCCUUUGGAAAAGCUGUUCCAUUCAUGGGAUCUUAUUGCUGUCAGAUGAAAUUUACACCUUGACUUAUACCAGGGGUAACUCCUUAUGCAUUCCUGUUGUUAAGGCUCAGUAUAGUAGCUACUGUAUUGUGGUGUGUGAGAUUUAUUUUGGAUCAGAUUGUUUGCAUCAAACAUAUUUUUGUACCAAAAUAUUAGGGUUAUCUUCACACCUGAAUUCACCCAUUUGGGCAUGUUGUACUGUAUUUACACAAUAUGCUAUAAAGGUGACCAUGUAUAUCAAUUCUGGGCCCACACUAUAUAGCACUAAACCAGUAUAUGGAGAUCAUUUACACUGGUAAAAUUAAUUUGUGGAAUUAUGUACAAGUGCCCAUUUGCUGUGAAUAUGCCAUUUCUUAGAUGAGGCACAUUUGAAGUUGUCCGUAGCUUUCAGAGCUUAUGUCUGGGGCAGGUGACAAACAGCCCAGUGAGAGCGACUUUGAUUUCUGAGCUGCCUGCUGAUCCCUAUGCAAAGAGCAAUUCAUGACAUACUGACUUGUGCUCAUUGUACUAGAACCAGUAGGUUCAUAUGGAAAUGAUGGCACCCAUCUGCAGCAAUGCAUCACACUGGGGCAGAAAUUGGAACCUAUCUCCAGUGAAUACGUUAAGAUUUUUCUCUCCCUAAGGACCAAUUUGACAACAAAUCCAUCAAAUUAUCAUAAGGUUAGUGGGCACCUAGCAAUCCCACAUUUAGCGAUUUUUCAUCCAACAUCAGUCAGAAAAUCAACUGUGCAGGGUUGAAAAUGUUUGUCGUUGGCAUUUAAAUUUGCCCAUUGUCCAGUUGUUUGCAGGACCAAGCAGGUAAUUCUCCUAGCUUCAACUAGCUGAUAUCGCUUGAAAUGGUCGUUUUCAUUGAUGCACAAAUUCAUUUCAGGAAAAGCUUAGUCCUACAAUAACUAAAAGAUCUUUUAAAAAUCUUAACAUGUAUGGCAAGCUUUAGGGAAGGAUUUGGAUCUUAAGAAUUUUAGAAAGUGGAGUAGGUUUAAACAUGUCCCCCUGACACUGUACCAUAGCAAUGUGAGGAAGGCCACCAACACACACUGUUUUCCCAUUGAUGCCAAAGCAGACUUAGUUGGAUGCAUUAUUAACAGUAACUUCAGCACUAUCUCACUUUAACCUGUUUUUUAUUAUUACAUUUCUAUAUAUAACAAUUUCAUGCAUUUUCUAAUUCUGCAGACAAAAUCUAAUCCUAUAAUUGUAAUUCUAUUAUUAUGUAUAGUCCAGCGAUGUGCUAAAUCAUGUUUGCUUGAUGGGGCAGUCUAGUGUACAUUUCAAGCCAUUAUCAGCCAUGAGUAUACAUAUUGCUAGUACUCUCAGCAGUGGUCAGUGGAACGCCACUGCUGCGUUAAUGUUCCCUACAGCAGACCCCUUAGAACAAGGCAUUGUCACCUAUUUAGCCACCACCAUGUGACUUAUGGACACACCAGGUUAUUAGUUGUUGGCGUAUUAAAAUAUUCAUGCUCAUUUAUCACAUAACAUUGAACUGAAUAGAAGUAGAAGUUGGGAGAUAUGGCAUUCGGUGUUCCAGUUGUUUUGCUUUGCACUAUAUGGUGGUUUCAGUGACAUUAGCAAAUCACCAUUACAGCACUCUAGAGUAGCUAUAGGUUGACGUGGACACAUAUUUUGCCCAAACCAGCUUUGCUAAUGGGAUAAGCAGAUAAUCUGCUGCGCACAUAGAAUCAAUGACUUGGAUGUGGUAAUUCUGGUACAAAAAUUGUGUAUUCUUGUUUGUUUGUUUUCAAGGCACCGAAAUAGCUGGUCCUUUUUCGGAAAUAGAUGUAAAAGUUCUGUAAAGUGUUUUUGUAUGUAAGCAAUAUUUCUUAUAGACCUCUUCUUCACGUGAAAAGAAAUAUAUAUAUAUUUUGUAUUUAUUUAUUCAUCAGAAGGCUGGGAAUGGACUAGAUGUGUCAUUAUCCCAUAGAUGUAAAGGUUUAGAAUAAAUGGUUAUUUUUAGAGAUCCUCUUUGUAAAUCAGUAUUUCUGUUAUUAACAAAAUUUGAAAACCGUGUAAAAAAAUCUGUUUUACUGAUUCUGACUUGUACACAGGAUAUCGUCUGUUUGGAAUUCCCAAAUAAAGGUUCAAAAUAA